CCUGCCCUAAUUGCAUACCCCCACUCACUAGUAUUAUGGCAUCUCUUUCUUCCCAACACUGACGCACAUUGCAGACUGCUCUCUCUAACGAAGCAAAGAUGGGCGACCUCGAUCGGAACGCACCAAAACUUCCGAUAGCCGGCAAGCGAAACAUCCUCAUCACCAGCGCCUUGCCUUAUGUCAACAACGUUCCUCAUCUCGGCAACAUCAUCGGCUGUGUUUUGAGUGCUGAUGUGUUCGCCCGGUACUGCCGGCUUCGCGGUUACAAUGCCAUAUACAUGUGUGGGACUGAUGAGUAUGGGACUGCAACUGAGACCAAGGCUUUGGAAGAGAAUUGCACCCCUAAAGAAAUUUGUGACAAAUACCAUGCAAUUCAUAAGGAGGUCUAUAAAUGGUUUAACAUAAGUUUUGAUGAAUUCGGACGCACAUCAAGUCCACAACAGACUGAAGUUUGUCAAGCAAUUUUCAAGAAACUGUUGGAGAACAAUUGGCUUUCUGAGAACACAAUGCAGCAGUUAUAUUGCGAUACAUGUAAAAAGUUCUUAGCUGACCGACUUGUAGAGGGCACAUGCCCGACACAAGGUUGUAACUAUGAUUCUGCAAGAGGGGAUCAAUGUGAACAGUGUGGGAAGCUUUUAAAUCCAACAGAAUUACAAGAUCCCAGAUGCAAGGUAUGUCGAAACACUCCACGCAUCCGUGAUACCAACCAUUUGUUUCUUGAGCUGCCUUUGUUGAAGGAUAAGCUAGAAGAGUAUAUAAAUGAGAUGUCAGUUACUGGGUCAUGGAGUCAGAAUGCUAUCCAAGCAACGAAUGCAUGGCUCAAAGAAGGAUUAAAACCUCGAUGUAUUACUCGAGAUUUGAAGUGGGGAGUUCCUGUUCCACAUGAGAAAUUCAAGGAUAAGGUUUUCUAUGUCUGGUUUGAUGCGCCUAUUGGAUAUGUCUCAAUCACAUCAUGCUACACAUCAGAGUGGGAGAAGUGGUGGAAGAAUCCUGAGAAUGUGGAGUUGUAUCAGUUUAUGGGCAAGGAUAAUGUGCCAUUCCACACUGUUAUGUUUCCAUCCACGCUUCUUGGAACUGGUGAAAACUGGACUAUGAUGAAGACAAUUAGUGUUACUGAAUAUUUGAACUAUGAAGCAGGGAAGUUCUCAAAGAGUAAGGGCAUAGGUGUUUUUGGAAAUGAUGCAAAAGAUACAAAUAUUCCUGUGGAAGUAUGGAGAUAUUACUUGUUGACUAAUAGGCCAGAGGUGUCAGACACAUUGUUUACGUGGGCAGACUUGCAAGCAAAACUAAACAGCGAGUUGCUAAAUAAUUUAGGCAAUUUCAUCAAUCGAGUGUUGAGCUUUAUUGCUAAGGAUCCAGCUUUGGAAGAAAGUAAAGGCGUAGGAUAUCAUUCUAUCAUACCUGAUGCUUUAGGAGCAGAAUCGCAUCCCUUAACCAAGGCAUUUGGAGAAAAAGUUGGUGAUUAUGUAGUGCAAUAUUUUGAAGCUAUGGAGAAGGUUAAACUAAAGCAAGGAUUGAAGAUUGCAAUGAGUAUUUCGGGUGAGGGAAAUGCAUAUCUGCAAGAAAGCAAAUUCUGGAAGCUUUACAAGGAGGACCAACUUUCUUGUUCAGUAGUUAUGAAGACUUCAGCUGGACUAGUAUAUCUUCUUGCAUGUCUGUUAGAACCUUUUAUGCCAUCCUUUUCCAUUGAGGUAUUUAAGCAGCUCAAUUUGCCUCCUGAAAUGCAAGUUUUGCUUUCUGAUGAAAAUGGAGAUAUUGAAAGGGCAAAGAGACCCUGGGAGUUUCUACCUGCUGGUCACAAAAUUGGAAUACCAGAGCCAUUGUUUAAGGAACUGAAAGAUGAAGAAGUGGAGUUCUUUAGGCAGAAGUUUGCCGGAAGUCAAGCUGAUAGGAUUCUGAAGGCAGAAGCUGAAGCCAAGGAGCUCGCUGAGCAAUUAAAGAAAACGCAAGUUUCAGACGGAAGGGGUAAGAAACAACAGCCAAUGAAAUCUGCUGCUGCAGCCAAACCUAAGACAAGUGCUGAAGCAGAAGUUUCUAUAAGUAGACUUGAUAUCCGUGUUGGUCUUAUUACGAAAGCUCAGAAACAUCCUGAUGCUGACUCUUUAUAUGUGGAAGAGAUUGAUGUUGGUGAAGGACAAGCACGAACUGUCGUUAGUGGACUUGUCAAGUAUAUUCCGCUCGAAGACAUGCAGAAUCGGAAGGUCUGUGUUCUUUGUAAUUUAAAGCCAGCAACUAUGAGGGGGAUAAAAUCACAAGCAAUGGUUCUUGCAGCUUCCAACAGCGAUCACACCAAAGUUGAAUUGGUUGAGCCCCCCCAUUCUGCUGCUGUUGGAGAGAGAGUAACAUUUCCAGGGUUCAAAGGUGAUCCGGAUGAUGUUUUAAACCCUAAGAAGAAGGUUUGGGAAACACUUCAAGUGGAUCUACACACAGACAGUCAACUGGUUGCUUGCUACAAAGACCUGCCAUUCACCACUUCAGCAGGCAUUUGCAAGGUUUCAUCCAUAUCUGAUGGGUCAAUAAGGUAGACAAUAAUACCACUUACCUACACAAAUUUUGGAGUUCAUGAAACCCAGAAAGAAAGAAAAAAAUAAACAAGAUUUUGAAGAAAAAAGAAGAGCAAACAAGAUUUUGCCUUUCUUUUUCUUUUUCUUUUUCUUUUUUUUUCCGUGUCGUCAUUUUAUCUUUGUGUUUCUAUUUAUAUCUAAUUGUAGAAAGAAACCAUUUUCACACUAUGGAUUCUGUAAUAGAAGCGUACUAAAUGCAGAUUGUACUGAUUGAUUGUGAACUAUUCCUGCCCUUGGAUGGCGCAUAAUGGAUUUAGCAUUAUAUUUGGGAUGCAAA